UACUAUUGGCCAUGUAAUUGACUCUUUGAUGGAGAAGUAUCCAUCAGCAAAAGAAAUUUCUAACUGUCCGGUGUGUAAAAAUAUCAAUGAACGAAAAAUUAUGCAUUUCACAUUCCAAAUUAAUGAUGACGAUAAUAUUUCUAAAUUACAAAAUUUCUUUGAUGAGCGUUUAGAAAAAGACUUUUUAAUUUGUAGCCAUAAUGAUUGCAAAGGUCUCAAGACAGUCACUACUGACAUUUCAGAAAUGCAUUUAUUCAUUGAUAUUCUUAUUUGGGAAGGUGAAGAUGCCAUUUCCAGCCAACGCAGUAGUGAGGCAGCAACCAUUUUUAAGAUAAAACUGUGUGACAUACCGGAAUUAAUAACAGUAAAAUCCACAGUAUAUGAACUAAGAGGUGUUUUAGCAUUUCAACGCCCUAAAAGUUCAUUAAGAAAUUCUGUUGGGCACUAUACAACAUACACAAAAAGAGGAUCUAAAAAUUGGGAGCUUUAUGAUGACCUCAAAAAACUUCCUGUCCAAGUGAAAGAGCAGACAAUAGUUCCGGUCGAAUUUUUAUUUUAUUCUGUUUAA